GGGGAUUGAUGCAGACACACGACGAGGAAACCAAGAAAUUUUUCAAGCAUUCUUCAGUGAUCUGUGUGCUCUCACCUCGCUAUCCAAGCAGCAAGCUAAGCUAUGUGAAACAAAAGGUUGUAGGCACUGUCUUCACGCAUCAUCAGAAAUGUGUCCUUGUUGAUACUCAAGGAUAUGGUAAUAAUAGGAAGAUCACAGCUUUUCUUGGAGGUCUUGAUCUCUGUGACGGUCGUUACGAUACACCCGAGCAUCGACUAUUCCAUGGCCUCGACACGGUAUUUAAGGAUGAUUUUCAUAAUCCUACAUUCCCUGGAGCCAAAGCUCCAAGGCAACCAUGGCAUGACUUGCACUGUCGGAUCGAUGGGCCAGCUGCAUAUGACGUGCUUAUAAACUUCGAGCAACGUUGGAGCCGAGCCACAAGAUGGACUGAGUUUGGUCUACGCUGCAGGAACAUUACUCACUGGCGCGAUGCUUUAAUCAAGAUAGAGCGCAUAUCAUGGAUACUAAGCCCUGAAAUAACCAUCUUAGCUGAUGGUUCAAUAAAAGUUCCAGAGGAUGACCCCAAAGUAUAUGUUUCAAACGAAAAAGAUCCUGAAAACUGGCAUGUUCAGAUUUUUCGAUCCAUCGACUCAGGAUCGGUUAAAGGAUUCCCAAGAGAUGUCCAUGUCGCCGAGUCGCAGAACCUUGUAUGUGCCAAAAACUUGGCUAUAGAGAAAAGCAUUGAAAUGGCAUAUAUCCAGGCUAUCCGAUCGGCGCAACGUUUCAUUUACAUCGAAAACCAGUAUUUUAUAGGAUCAUCAUAUGGAUGGCCGGGAUAUAAAAAUGCCGGGGCUGAUAAUCUCAUUCCCAUGGAGUUGGCCCUUAAGAUUGCAAGCAAAAUAAGAGCCAAUGAAAGAUUUGUUGUGUAUAUUGUCAUACCAAUGUGGCCUGAGGGAGAUCCCAAUAGCGCUCCCAUGCAAGAGAUUCUUUAUUGGCAGGUAAAUGGCUAUAUGAAA